GGAAACCCUGGCUCCUGGGACCACAUGAUGGGCCAAUUGAAAAACAGAGGCCUGGAUGCCAAGUCCUUCCUUGAAGGGAAGAUGGUGGUUCUUUCUUUGGCUAUUGGUUUGGCAGAGCAAGAUGACUUUGCCAAUAUCCCUGAUCCAAUCACCUCCAUGCAGGAAGCUCCAACAGCCAAUCAGGAAGCACUUCCUCCUCCUCCUGACAAGAGGGGCGUGUGCAACAAGCCAGGCAACAGUCCCAAGGGCCAUCCCCCCGACGGACACUCCUCAGUCACCGAUCUGGCCAACUCACUCACCGGAGAUAUGGUCAUGCUGUCCCCGGGCUCAGAGGAUGACGAUGGUGAAGGUCCUAUCAGUGAGAAGCUGGGGCGGAUCCAGUUCUCUGUUGGCUACAGCUUCCAGGACUCCACCCUGACCGUCAAGAUUCUCAAGGGCCAGGAGCUCCCUGCCAAGGACUUCUCUGGCACCUCUGACCCCUUCGUCAAGCUCUACCUGCUGCCGGACAAGAAGCACAAGCUGGAGACCAAAGUGAAGAGGAAGAACCUCAACCCUCACUGGAAUGAGACCUUCCUGUUUGAGGGUUUCCCGUAUGAGAAGGUGAGGGAGAGGACUCUGUACCUGCAGGUGUUGGACUUUGACCGAUUCAGUCGUAACGACCCCAUCGGGGAGGUAUCCAUCCCCCUCAACAAGCUCAGUGACCUGGGACACAUGCAGACCUUCUGGAAGGAGCUCAAACCCUGCAUGGAUGGAGCGGGGAGGCGAGGGGACCUUCUGGUGUCUCUGUGCUAUAACCCAACUGCCAACACCAUCACUGUGAACAUCAUCAAAGCACGCAAUCUCAAAGCCAUGGACAUAGGAGGAACAUCAGACCCUUAUGUGAAGCUGUGGCUGAUGCACAAGGACAAGCGCAUUGAGAAGAAGAAGACUGUGACGAUAAAGCGUUGUCUCAACCCAGUCUUCAAUGAGUCUUUCCCCUUCGAGGUUCCGGCCCACGUUCUUCGGGAGACCACCAUCAUCAUCACUGUCAUGGACAAGGACCGGCUCAGCCGCAACGAUGUCAUUGGCAAGAUCUACCUAUCAUGGAAGAGUGGUCCGGCGGAGGUGAAACACUGGAAGGACAUGAUGGGCCGGCCGCGUACUAACGUGGCCCAAUGGCACGCUCUCAAGGCCUGAUCGUCCCACCUACCCUCUUUAGCGGCCCUGCCUCUCCCCCCCUAGUCUCCAACAUUAACGUCCAAUCCCCGUCCCCCACCUCCAACGUCCAAUCCCCGUCCCUAUGCACAACACUGACUAGCUGCCAGGCUGCGAAACACGGGUACAAUUAGCCAUCCGCUCUCUUUACCUUUAAACCCCUCCGCUCUCUUCUCCUCUUCUCUGUAUCUCUUCUCUAGAUUUCUUCUUGCUUCCUUGGUUUCUUUUUAUUCACCCCUGUCUUUAUAGCUAUGUCUCCCUUGCCUCCACUCUGCCAAUGGUCCCCCUGUUUCUGUCUGUCUGUCUGUCUGCUUCUGUGUGUGUGUGUGUGUGUGUGUGUGUGUGUGUGUGUGUGUGUGUCCCUAUGCACCUGUGGAUCUGAUUUGAGGUUUUCCUCUUCCGUAUGCCUGAGACUCCCUGGUCUUUGACUGCUCUACAGACCCCUACUAGUAUAUCAUAUAUGGAGCCAUUUUGGACAGUGCAAUGACGUCCCAUUGAAUCACAGAAAAUAUUUUAAAAAAUGUAAUGAAUGCCUGUGUACAAAUAUUGACAAAUAUUCCAGGUAAAAAUGCUGUGAGUGUAAAUGAAGUCUGAGACAGACAAAACCCUCCUUCUCUCCUGUAUGAUGUCCCCCUCUCCUUCUCUCCUGUGUGAUGUCCCCCCCUCCUUCUCUCC